UCUUGACGAAACCAUCAAACCUUGGGUCUCUUUCUUUGCUCAUCCAUAAUGUAAGGAGUAUUACUCCUCUUCCUAGCAAAUUGUGAAGCUCAACCUCAGGUAGCUCAAAUUUUUUCCUUGCUAUAGGGCUGGAUGCUGGGUUUGGAGGACUAACUAUGGACAGGAAUGUAAGUAGCUCCCAGUCAUUUCCUGUCCCUCAUGGCAGUGUUUCUCUUCCAACCUCAUCCUCUCUGCAUGUGCAUACUGUGGCUGUACCUGCCUCAUUGCCAGUUUUAGUGUGAGGACACUGAGAAACACACGUGGGCUGUAUGGAAUUCUGUGAUCUAAAUCUACCCCAUGGGAGUUUUUUUGUAUAACCUGCUUUUGUAACACUGGCCACCAGUUUUUAAAAAAAAGCAUGUUAAGGCCAUCAGAAGAAAAGCCUCACAAUUGCAGCACAGCACUGUAAGGCAUAGCAGGACUGUGCUGUAGCCUGCAACGAGACUAUCACCUUGGAGAUAAUUUGGGUCCAAAUUACGUUUCUUUUCCUAACUGUAGUUAGGAAACUCUGCUGUGCAGAAGUAGAAUAAAUAUCUUACCAUGAUUAUCACCCUGCUACUGCUCUAACACCCAAGCCUUCAUUUAGGUAACCUCUAAUCAGUUCAGUACUUAACUAGCAGUACUUAACAAAAGUUGAGCAGAGUGGAGCUGGUUUAUUACCAAGGCCAUUUAUGAGCAAUCUGGUACAUGCUCAGCAUGUCUCCAUUGACACCAGAGUGUGUUGGCCCCUGCCCAUGAGUCAUGGUCAGGGAUGUCUUUGCUUGGCCAGUGAAUUCCUCACCCCAAGCCUAAAUCAAGGAGGGACCAGCUAUGAUUUAGGGAGGCAUCCAGCCAUUGACUGAUCAGAUCAAGUGCAAACUUGGUGCAUGAGACAGGAAGACCCAAGUAGGUUAAGUCUGGGGAAUAUCCAAGGAGUGAGGAUGGAGAGAAGCAGGUCUGCUUUCCUCCAUUCCCUGCCAGCCCUAUUUUCAGCCUGUUUACUCAACACAUUGUUUAUAUCAAGAGGAAAAGGAUGCUGUGCCGUUACAUUGAGGACAGACUUAAGGCAAAUCUAAGCUGUACAAAAAAGGACUGCUAAGGCACAUGAAAGGCAGCUCUGUCAGGGCACACUGCAGUGUUCAUUUGGCUAUGAGCAAGGCAGCUUCCUGCUGUAGGUUGUGCAUCCCACAGCUCUCUGCAUGAUGGCUCUCUUCCUUACAUCCCCGCAUUCCCCUUUCUUUGACACCUGCUUUCAAGACAGCUUUUCUUCAUUAAUAAACCUAAUAUUUGCCCUGUAAUACUCUUAAGAAAAGUACAGACUGGUACAACUUAAAUUUCAUGUCUUUCUAGACAGCUUGCAGGGGUAGCAGAUUGACAAGCCCACUUGCGUUGCAUUCAUUUCAGACUGGCCCUACCUAUGUGAGAUCAGAUUCUGGUUCAAGGAAUGGCAUUUGUUUACCCUCUUCAGAACAGAUGAGAAAAGAAUUUCAGCCAAAUAAUCUGUAUGGCAUGGACUAAUCUGUCUUGGCAAUGGAGAACUGAAAUUCAUUAAGUUCCUGAGGAGGCAAGAUCAGCUAGGCAGGGAAACAGCCUCCAGAACAACCCAGAGUGGGGAAAGCAGAUCACCUUCUCUGGCAUGUGAGCCCAUCUCUGCCUCCCCGAGGUGAGGAUGCUCAGAGCACAGCUGCUCUGUCUUAGUAUCUGUACCCAGAGUAACUCUGUUCUUAGCUCAAGCUCUUCUGUUACUAUUCCUCUAAUUAUUGAUUUAGGCUUAGUUAUUUCAUAUUUUGAUUACCUUUUUGGUCUAAAAAUUACCUCUAUCUUUGUACAGCAAGUGACUUUGUAUGUUGGUCUCUUGCUCUUGUUGGACAGAGUGCUAGAGGAGAUACUGAUGCCAGGAUCAGUACGUGUUAGAGGUCAGUUAGAUCAGUCUGUUAGAGGCUGGAUUUGGGGCAGCAUACUGUGUUGUGCUGGUCUGUGUCCAGACUGAGCUUUUUCCUUAUGCACUAAGCUCAACUUGCUCUCCUCUGAAGUUGGGUUCUGUACAAUGCUACUUUGUUUCAAGUCUGAAUUUUUUGAAAAGGUUAUUAAGGUCUACCUUGAAAAUGGCAUCUGAGUUUGGUAUCAUGGAACCUAAUGCAGCCCCAGGGUGAACCUGUGUGUGUACACUAACAACCCUCAUAAAAUGGCCUUUAACACCUCCCGGGAAAGCCAGCUGCUUGGAGUCUCCCCCUCUUUGCCUUGGACAGUCCUCACCUCACACAAUUCCUUCAGUCCAUCCUAAGGCUUAAUCAACAGACUUGCCACAGUCUGCAAAGGUGUUGCCUCUAACAGACUUGAACAAGAUUUGGUCGAGAAUGAAUUAAAGGCUAAAUGGCCUUCACUGAUAGAAACAUUUUUGUCUGGUAACUUUUUUUUUUAGUAGGUUCAUCAUUUCUAUAUACAAUUAAAAAGAGUUACAAGGAAAAAAUCCACCUCCUAUUCCCACCAACUAAGCAGAAAAGGCUGGGACUAGAGAGACUGAUCCCUGGGAUGGCAAGGCUGGAAUAUCAAGCUGUUAAUUGUGGCAGGGUAACAUCUGCUCCUUUUGAGUGGAUGUCCGUGGGUGUAGUGGCUGGUGCCGUCACCAAGGUUUAGUCAACAAACCAUGCUGGUGAGGCACAGGGAGGAGAAGGAGCAGCUCCUGGGCUCAGCUGUGGUGGCUCAGCAGGGCUCUCCAGGGCAGUCAGACAAGAUUUUUAUCAAUAAAAUCAGCUGUGUGUUCACAUCCGACUGUAUGCUCUGCCUGACAGCUGCCUAGGAAUCGGUUGCUUGCACACAGCUCCUUUCCAGGCCAGGAACACACUUUGACCAGCAACAAUUGCAAAAGAGCAUUAUUAAGUCUAUUAAGCCUGAGUUCACAGAUUUUUUUCUAGAAUAGUAACAGAUGGCAAAUGGUGGCAGUACAGCUGCUGGGGCCUGGAGAGGAUGGAUGUUGGUUUGUCAUUUCAAUGGAUGCUGGCAAUAAUAAUGUUUUGUGUUUAUACAGGGCCUUUCCUCUUUCAGGGCACUUUACAAACCAGGUGAGAAAUAAUGGGCUUGGAAUUAACGUGGGCUGGUAAAGCUUGCCCCUGUGCCCAUGUGGUCAGUAUGGGAGGGUAAACAUAGGGGCAUUGGCCUGCACUCCCUACACAGCCUGGAUGUGAAUUAGGUGACUUCUUAAAAUCACAUAGAGCCACUCAGCAGGGAUUUCAGGCAGAAGUGGUCUCUUCCCAGAGACCACUAUCUCCCAAGAGAAGCUGCUGUAGUGAGUGGGUGUCCAUCAACCAUGGUGUCCUUGCAGAGUCAGACACUGCAGCCAGUGCCAUGCAGGCUCAGCUGGUGCUGACGGAGGUGCUGAGGCUUCCUCUUGCUCGGUGCAAAUUGGAGGGUUGUCCCAAGGGCCUCCUGCCUCCGACACUUGCUCUCCAUCAGCCUUGCUGCGAUUUGCUGUGAAGGCAGGAGGUGUUUCCAGGCCGAUCUUUAGUCCAAGAAUUUGGAAUUGAUACAGGGAAGAACCAAGAUUUUAAGUGGAUUGGCUCUCUAUCUCACAGCUUUAGUGCAGGCGAUGAGUUCAGUGGAUAAAACAGUGAAAUGUCAGGAGUCUGGAGCACAUAACCAGAAGGGGCACUUUUUAGCACUUUUUUUGUAUUUAUUAAGAGCUGGAUCAAGACCACCACUUAUUCCUCCUCCAUUACUAGCAGAUUCAGUGGUCAUAGUUGCAUCCAGGAAAAACAUCACACUAACAAGAGCUAAGUUUAGAAAUCCAGAAGAAUUGCAGCAUUGUGGUUUUCCCUCAUGAAAAGGGUCAGAAUUUCCAGGAAAACACAGGAAGAAGUCAUUAAAAGGCACUUAACUGAACAGAAGAUCGUAUUUUUAGAAAUUUGAAAAUUUUUGGAGGUAGGUAAAAUGUCAACUUUACAUUGUUUCCCCUUUCUUUGUACUGUGUUCAGAUCAUUUUUUCAGGAAGGUUUGCCUAAGCUGAGCAGGACAUGUUAGGAUUAAUGGGGAAUAAUGGGGAAACUUGCCAAACAGUGUUUCUCUAGGAUGGUCUAAGAACUUCUUUUUGUUUAUAAAAUAUCUGGAACUCUGAAAAUGGGGAAGUCGCUCUGCACUGGUACAGAAGAGGGCUGACCACUUUUUAAGGGUUCAGAAGAAGAUGUAAUUAAAAUACUUUUUAUUCAUUCAAGAGUGAAUGUCCAGCUACCAUCUGCGUCACAGCCAGAGAAAAAUCCUCCCCUUUACAUUGUUUUCACUGUAAGGGUAACUGAUAUAAGGAAAGAUAUGAAAUCAUGUGAACAGGGCUGGUCUCUAAUUUCCAGCCCAUUUCCACAGACCUCUGAGCUCAACCAGGACUGUGAAUCUCAUUGGCCUUAGCCAGAGGAAAGUUAUGAAUCUCUGGGGUGUGAGCACUGCCAACUCAUGCCCUUCGCUGCGUUCAAUCAGAGCAGCUGAAAGCAUGGCUCAAAUAUGGUUUUGGCAGCAAUACAAUUAAAAGGUCAUGACCUAAAGUAAGUGUAAAAUUCAGUAAUCCAGUCCUUCACCUGGCAAUGUAAGCAAUUCUUUAGCCAUCAGCCAAAAGAAUAUAUGGUGCAUAACAAAAUAAAUGUAAUUGAAACAGGGGGGAGGGCUGGUCCUUUCUUCUCUGGUAAAUACUGGGAGGUUUUUCUCCUCCUCCUCGAAGCAAGUCUCUCUCACAGGUCCAGAGGGAAAGGCAGCUUUCACAAAUGGAGCGAGGUACUGAUGAGAAGGCUCAUGUAACGGAUGGUCGUGGCUCCAAAACGAUGCCAAAGCGCCUGGUCAAGGAAGACAGAGGAGGAGGAGGAGAGUUCCUUCUGCAGACUGCCUCCUGCACUGCCUUGGCCUUGCUCCUGUGCAUCUACAGGGCUGGCACAAGGCAGGGAGCAGCUCUAAGUGCCCACAGUUUUCCCAUGGGGAAUGAUGCCAACAAACAAGGCAACAUCUUUGUCGUCAGUUUGUCCGUCGCAGACCUUGUGGUUGCAGUUUAUCCAUACCCUCUGAUCUUGAGUGCCAUCUUCCAUAAUGGAUGGACCAUGGGAAAUGUCCACUGCCAGAUAAGCGGGUUCCUGAUGGGCUUAAGUGUCAUCGGGUCCAUUUUCAACAUCACGGCGAUCGCAAUCAACCGCUAUUGCUACAUCUGCCACAGCCUUCGGUACGAUAAGCUCUUCAACCUGAAGAACACCUGCUGCUAUCUCUGCCUGACCUGGAUACUCACGGUGGUGGCCAUUGUGCCAAACUUCUUUGUUGGUUCCUUGCAGUAUGACCCCCGGAUUUACUCCUGCACCUUUGCCCAGACGGUGAGUACGUCCUACACCAUCACAGUGGUGGUUGUUCACUUCAUCGUCCCGCUGUCCGUCGUGACGUUUUGCUACCUACGGAUCUGGAUUUUAGUGAUUCAGGUCAAACACCGGGUGAGACAAGACUGCAAGCAGAAGCUCAGAGCAGCUGACAUCCGGAACUUCUUGACUAUGUUUGUGGUUUUUGUCCUUUUUGCUGUGUGCUGGGGACCAUUAAACUUUAUUGGCCUUGCUGUUUCCAUUAAUCCUUCAAAAGUGCAGCCACACAUUCCAGAAUGGCUUUUUGUCCUGAGCUAUUUUAUGGCCUAUUUCAACAGCUGCCUCAAUGCUGUGAUCUAUGGGCUUCUUAACCAGAAUUUUAGGAAGGAGUACAAAAGGAUAUUGCUGACACUGUGGACUCCCAGGUUGCUGUUCAUCGACGUGUCCAAGGGUGGGACAGAAGGGAUGAAAAGCAAGCAUUCUCCAGCCAUAACAACCAACAACAACCACGCUGAAAUACACUUAUGAGUCAGGACAUACUAUUUAUUCUGGAUUACAGUUGUAUAUAUAGUAUAUAAGAGCCUUUCUAGCUGUGUGCAUUGCACAGCUGGUGUUGCCUGGCCCCUCAUGCAAGGAAGGAGUCUGCUACCUUUCAUGCUUAGCUUCCUGCUGCAGCAUCAAGGCUUCGAGUGAGGAAUGUCAGAAUGGAAAGGACUGAUUUUUUUUUCAUGUGCCGUCUUUCACUGUGUGCCUCAUUAAUAGGUUUGGUUGCUUUUGCCACAAGCAUGCCAAUACCCCAAAAGGGAAGCGUUCAGAGUGCAUGGAGAAAUGCAGUUAUGCUUGAAAUGCAACCUUCAGGAGACAGCAAAAUUGCCAUUUAUUACACGUAAACCUUUCUCCCCUCCCUCUGAAUUCUAUUUUUCUAGCAUUAACUUAACCCAUACUAUAUAAAAUGAAGUUUAAACUGCAUGGCUUUUUACCUUUUAGUUAGGUAAAGGCUGUAUUAACCAGCAGGCGUACGUAUGGGCCUGAUGACUUCCACUGUGUGUGCGUUCAUUUCCCUUUUUCUUUCCUCUUAAGAUUUAGAAGCAAGCCUGGACUAGAUGUGAGGUAGGCAGAAUCCAGACCAGUGAGUGUCUGAUGCACUCAUUUUAAUUGAAUAUCUACAAAUAUUAAGUACCCUUGCACUCUCCUUCCCAGGCCAUGAGUAAGAAUAUAACGUAUAACAUAAUCUAAUUGCAGGAAGAUACUUGGAGCCUGAUUCUAAUUUAGGCAGUAUCCUGUCAUGGCCAGCAUUCAUUCCAAAUGUCUCUUACAAGUCACUGCUACAUGAACAUCAUAAAAAAAAAAAAAAAAAGAACAUAGCAGAGUCCCAUCUGUGUAAUGCAGAUGCUGGCUUUUAGGUUCCAGUACCAUUUACACUUGGAGGAAAAGGGAGAAGAGGAAGGCAGUGUUCCAAAAAUCCCUGCUUUUGCCCACCACAGAACAUGAAUUUGCUGUGGGGAGAAAAAGUGGACUUUUUUUUUAAUUUUAUUCAUGUAUAAAACUGUAAUUAAUGCAUGGAGCUGGGAGACAAAAGCUACUUAAGCAUAAUUAUGCAUCAAUUCUGUUAAAGCCUGAAGUGUGCUAUCUGUAUGAUUGGAAACAAUGUCCUGAAGUGCUGGGGAGUCCACUAUCACAUUAGUAACAAGCACAUGGGCAAAGAUAAAGCUAUUUCUUUAAUGGAGUGUAUGUGAUGGCAGCUCUCUGUAAAUAUGAUGACUUCUUUGUUUUCUUAGUUUCAUUGUAAAUUCAUCUCUUUAUGCUUUUAAAUAUGUGGAUCUUGCUUUGAAACUGUCCCAUAAAAUCAACAGGUAAAACUCCCCCUGGUGUAACUCUGCCUUCAGGCUGGCACACCUGACUUAGUGCAGGUGCACGGAGUGGCACAGUGGGAAGAGGAGCAGGUCUGAGCCCCCGGCGAGGACAGCAGGCAGCCCUGCCCCUGGUUGAAGACAGUGGUCUUUUCUCUUUGGUUCUAGUCAAAGCAGGACUAGUUCCCAGGGCUGAACCCUGAAACACUGAGAUUUUGCAGUAUCAUGUAGGCACCUGGAGAUGGAGGUAUGUAGGAUUUCCCAAACCCCUGGCCGGGCUGUGUGCCUAAUCCAUAGUGAAGAUAGCGAGCCAUUUGUGCGUUGCUUGCUUAAAGCAACUUGCUGCUGAAUGUUUGUUCUGCUGAUUUUUGGGGGGGAAGAGGAGUUGAGAGAAGUUAAGCCCCUUCAUUAAGUGGGCCAAGAAACUCUGCAUGAGUUCUGCAGUGUGCCUGCUGCCAUGUGGGGUCUCUGCAGUACCGGGGGGGGGGGGGGUCCCUGCAUUUGUAGAGUGCCCUGGUGCUUUAUGAAGUUUCAAACUUGAACAUCUCAGCCACUUCAGAUGAUUGUUGUUUUAAAAUGCACUGCAGCCAGCCUCCCAUAAUAGGAAUCAAACAGAGUUCUGUUUUGGCCUCUUAAUAUGCCUGAGCAUGGCCAAAUAAAGGUAUUUUGACCCUCAGAAAAAAACGUGGUCUGUUCGCCUUCCAGAAAAACCACCCUGGGUGAAUUCACACCAUUCCAUGCAAGCAAAAUCAUUUGGAGUUAAACUAGGAUAAGAAAAGCACUGAGGAAUCCAUAACUGCAGGGAGUGUUUGUCCCGUUUCGCCAGGGAGAUGUCCUGUGUUCCAUGACUAGUCUUCAAAGUCAUUUGCGAUUAGCCACGACAGUGUUAGUUAGACUCACAUUAGCAAAUAAUUUGAGGCAUCUAGCGCCAAGGGAAACCUACUCCUUUAAGACAAUCAUGAAGAAUCUUGUGCAUGUUUGCCAAAUAUCUCAGAUACCCUAAAACUGGGGUUUCAUCUUUAUGGAUCCUUGUCUUUUUAACUGAAUGUUCAGUGAAGGCAAUGUGGUUUUUUUGUUUUUUUUUUAUUUAAGCUUGUAUUUGCACUAUUUCUUAUUCAGGCUUCGAAGUAACAGCCAGCAAGUAUUUGAACCAAACCAAGUCCAAAGAGGUCCCAAACAGGCAAGCUGUGAGAGUCCCUGCUACACCUGGUAGGAAGGGGAGCAGCAGGAGGGUGGUAGGUCAUCUCUCCAGGACUCACAGAGAGUCACUGAACCAAACUAUGCAAAAUGGUAGUGGAAUCUGCUCAUCUUCUGCUGUUGGGUCUGAGCCCAACUCCUGCCCAGGUCUCCACAGGGCACAGGCUCAGUCCCUGCUGUGCUGGGGUGGAUCUGAGCAGCUCCCUGAACGUGCAGGCCCUGCUACCACUGCAGAGUGGGGAUGAGUCUGUGAUGGGCACUGUCCAUCUGACAGCACAUAGAGCCCUGGCAUGACCUGUUCAGAAGGGCUCUGGGUGGCCCAGUGAAGGUGCCCAGAGUCGGGCUGAUGCAGCCACCAUGGUUGGAGUCCUGAGCUCAGUCUUGCUGGAGCUGAGGUUUGCAAUAUGAACCAUGAAAAGCAGGGAACAUGGCCUCGAACACUGUGCCAUUUGCUAGCACUUUGAUAGAGGCAGCACUUAGGAUAGGAUAGAGUUUUAUAUUGAUUUAUUUAAAAACUACCCAAGCAGCUCCUUAUUUUUAUGUUAAGAAAUGGUUAACAGGGUACAGAGAAUUUAUUUUUGUUAACAGUUGUUUACAGAAAAAGGGAAGUGUGUUAUAACAGGGAAUCCUGAGCAGUGUCACAGUUUACCUGUGGGAAUCUAGCUUUAAUCCAAAUUUGAGAUUUCAAGGGGAUCCCACCGCUUAAAUCAUGCUCUGACAAUUCCACCUGCUGCAUACCUGGCCUUAACUCUCUCUAAGAUCUCACAUAAAGUGAUUUCAAAUCACUUGCUCUAGAUUUGACCUGGUGGUGUUGAAUACCUAUUCUAGCCCCAAAGUCUAAGAUUGUUGUAGUGGAAACUUGUGGAGAGUCAUUAGUGCUGUGAAAUAAGAUGAUUCUCUUGCCAUGAAGAAAUAUUUUUGGAUAUUGCUAAUGAAUGUUGUUUAAUCUAUUUAAGAAGAAUGUAACCAAUAUAUUUAUAUAUAAAUGUGUAUUGCAUAUGCUGUUUCCAUUUUAUUGUUUAAUUAAGAAUCGUUCAGUAUACUUUCCUAUUGCUAUUUUUGUUCAUAAAGUAGAUUCAUUCCCUUUACUUGUUAAAACUGUAAUAAAUCUGCCAUUGGACUGCUUAUUGAUAUUUCUUUUCCACUUGCAGUUAUUUUUUAAUAAAUAUUUGGAACAACAGCUUGGGUUUUGUUGACUCCCACAAAGCAGAUUGAAUUGACAAAUGAGUUCAGAUAUAACUCAGCUGUCCAGCUUAGACCUGGAAGUGAAUGACCCAGAACGUCUGAGACACAUCCUUGGAUUCACGUGUUUUCUUCCACCUGCUGUGAGCCAGCUGCCUGCUGCACCCUGGCCUUCCUCAUCAGGGAAGAAACUUUCUCUGUGCUGCUGUUGGUCUCCUCGCUGUGUGUCCCUCCAAGGCCCUUUGCCUUUCUUGUGCCCAUGUGUAUCCACCGGGUGCUGUGGAAGCAGAGUUUGUCACAGCCAUUUCCUUGCCCUUUCCUGGGAAGGAAAGCACGGCCAAGCUGUGAACAGGAGGGUGUGAGAGCCAUGGUGGUCACAAGUCGGGGCACAAGGUGGCAUUGGGUUGUAGGCAAGGGGUGGAGACAGAGAGUCACCCUGGGCUGGAGGCACAGUGAGGGCUGACACGCACUUUCUCCAUUCAGGAGCUUUGUGAGCAUGAAGACUGCUGUAUCCAAGAUGUUCUGUCUGUGUUCUUUCCCCACCUCUGUUUUUGGGCAGAUUUUGCUGUAUUCCUGCAGUUCUUUAGCCAACAGGUUCUGUCCAUAGGCUGCACCAAUUAUAUUUCCAUGCUGACUUGAGCUGGUUUUUGGGGAGUCUCAGCGCUGCUUCCGAAGCGGGGGAGAUGGGAGUAUGGAGUCAUCCAGUUGUAACUGCAACCUGAGCUCCUGUUUCCUAACCAGAUGUCACAUAUAACUGUGGUGUUAAGGUAGUAAAAGCUGAGAUUAUCCACUAAAGAGUUGCUGAAAAACCAUGGAGCAGACGUGUUGAAUGAACAGGCAGUGUUCAUUCAGUGACAUCCCAGAGCAGUACUGCUACUUUUUUUGCUAAUCUUUUCCAACAGGCACUGGACUUCACCUGCUGCUUCCACAGUAAAGCCUGCAAUGCUCAGUGAUGGGACACACUGAAAGCACUGUUAAUUAUAGUUGCAGAUGCCAAAAUGUCUGUCUGAGCAGAGCUGCUAGAAAACCCUUGCACAGACUUGUACCUGCUGUUUCUGCCACAUGGAACCGAAUGAAUCAAACUGUCAGAAGUGAGGCAGUGUUAUUUAUUUACUUACUUGCCACAAAGUAAUAGUAACUGGGAGAUAAGAUAGAGCUAUAAAAGGCAAGAGGUGUGAUAAUUCAAUACCAGGAUAAAAUCUCACUCAUGGUGACUAUUUGGAAGUCAAUAUUUGUCCUAAUGUAUUUCCUUCCAAGCUUAUAAUUUAUAACAUGAAGUCACUCAAUAAAGAGCUACUGCAUAUGUGUUUAGAAUUUUAUUGGAAAAAUGUAAAUUACUGGACCUAAUGCAGUAUUUCUUAGCAUAAAAACCCUGAGAUAAGAAAUGCAGAAUGGGUUCUUGCAAGAACUCUGUGAUGGGAUAUGCAAAUUUUUUUUGCUGGUGAUAAGAACCAUAAAAUUUGUAUCUCUCAUGAACUAGAGUUGUGAAGGGAAGCUCCAUAAUAUUGUUAACUGAAUUUUCACUUUGUAAUGCUUGUUUAUAGUAUCCAUUAUUCAUGUACUAUAAGUAAUGCACUGUACAGCAGAGAUAGAAUUUAGAGUCCAUGGUCAGUUUCCAGAGCAACCAAGGUGGGUCUGAACCAUUAACUGAAAUAUGUUUCUAUGUUUUCUGCCAAGCAUGGUCUCCUGAUAAGGUUUUUAGCUCAACUGAUUGCUUCUAAGAGGUCAGGGAAACUUUAAUGUCUUUUAGAUUAGUUGCAAUGUCUGUGCAGUCACAGCUUGCUUAGAUUACCUUUUAAAUAGACUUGAGUCAUCAAACCAUUUUAUAAGUCUGUCCAGUUGGAGCACAUAAUUUAUUUUGUAUCUAGAUAUUUUAUCACAGCACGUUUAAUAAACUGUUAUGUUUUUCCUUCUA